CCAGUUUUUUGGCGAUUAACUGGAGAUAACAGUCUCCUGGACUGUUUGCAGUCCUGGCUGGUUUUGAACUUUGAUCUUCAGAUCUCAGCCUAUUGAAUAUAAUUAGUGAGCCACCAGUGCCUGGCUGAAUUGGGAUUUAAGUAGCAAGGCCUUAGAGAUAGCUUCUUUAGGAAGUGGUAGAGGGUUUGCUUUGUAAACCAGAGUCCCUGAAUUCAGUUGCCAGCUCUAGACUGGGGGAAACAACUGAAGUACUGGGGACAUAGUCAAGUAUAGUCUGAAUUCAGGUCCCCAGUAAUAUAAGAAAUUGUCCACACUUGUAAUAGUACUCAGGAGGCUGCCAGCUACAGAGUAGGAAUCAGUGUCAGAAAAAGGAAGGAAAAGGAGUUGCUUUGAUAGUGGAUUUCCUCGAUGGAUUGGGAGUUGACCUUUCUAGGACAAGUGAGUUUGAUGGAGAGGGUGAAAACUCAAAUACUGAAGAGGUAAGCUAGGAGUUAGUAUUUUGGGCAUUUAGGUUUCAUGUGUAACUUCUUGGUAGUGACAUAAAUAGGGGAUCUCAUUUGUAUCAUCAUCCAGAGGUAGUUUUAGGUUUUAAGUUCUAUAUUAACGGCUGUUUUCUUUUCAGACUGCAAAAUUCAAAAUGGUGCGCAAGGUAUUCGUUUCAUCUACACCAGAGAAGGCAGACCAAGUGGCGAGGCUUUUGUUGAACUUGAAUCAGAAGAUGAAGUCAAAUUGGCCUUGAAAAAAGACAGAGAAACUAUGGGACACAGAUAUGUUGAAGUAUUCAAGUCAAACAACGUUGAAAUGGAUUGGGUGUUGAAGCAUACUGGUCCAAAUAGUCCUGACACUGCCAAUGAUGGCUUUGUACGGCUUAGAGGACUCCCCUUUGGAUGUAGCAAGGAGGAAAUUGUUCAGUUCUUCUCAGGGUUGGAAAUCGUGCCAAAUGGGAUAACAUUGCCGGUGGACUUCCAGGGGAGGAGUACGGGGGAGGCCUUCGUGCAGUUUGCUUCACAGGAAAUAGCUGAAAAGGCUCUAAAGAAACACAAGGAAAGAAUAGGGCACAGGUAUAUCGAAAUCUUUAAGAGCAGUCGAGCUGAAGUUAGAACUCAUUAUGAUCCACCACGAAAGCUUAUGGCUAUGCAGCGGCCAGGUCCCUAUGACAGACCUGGGGCUGGCAGAGGGUACAACAGCAUUGGCAGAGGAGCUGGCUUUGAGAGGAUGCGACGAGGCGCUUAUGGUGGAGGCUAUGGCGGCUAUGAUGACUAUAAUGGCUAUAAUGAUGGUUAUGGAUUUGGCUCGGAUAGAUUUGGAAGAGACCUCAAUUACUGUUUUUCAGGAAUGUCAGAUCACAGAUACGGGGAUGGUGGCUCUACUUUCCAGAGCACAACUGGACACUGUGUACAUAUGCGGGGAUUACCUUACAGAGCUACUGAGAAUGACAUUUACAACUUUUUUUCACCUCUUAACCCUGUGAGAGUUCACAUUGAGAUUGGUCCUGAUGGCAGAGUAACUGGUGAAGCAGAUGUUGAGUUUGCAACUCAUGAAGAUGCUGUGGCAGCUAUGUCAAAAGACAAAGCCAAUAUGCAACACAGAUAUGUAGAACUCUUCUUGAAUUCUACAGCAGGAGCAAGCGGUGGUGCUUACGAACACAGAUAUGUAGAACUCUUCUUGAAUUCUACAGCAGGAGCAAGCGGUGGUGCUUAUGGUAGCCAAAUGAUGGGAGGCAUGGGCUUGUCAAACCAGUCCAGUUACGGUGGCCCAGCCAGCCAGCAGCUGAGUGGUGGUUAUGGAGGCGGCUAUGGUGGCCAGAGCAGCAUGAGUGGAUACGGUAGCCAAGGAGCGGUGAGCAACAGCUACUACAGUGGCGGAAGCCGUGCAUCUGUGGGCGUGAAUGGAAUGGGAGGGGUGUCUAGCAUGUCCAGUAUGAGUGCUGGAUGGGGAAUGUAACUGAUCCUGAUCACUGACUCUUGCUCAACUUUUUUAAAAGAAAAAAAAAAGCCCUUUCAGUUUAACAGUUUUUGCAGACCAGCCUUGUGAUUUAUGUUUCCUCCAUAGGCGGAAAUGGGGAUUGUUUUAAGGAAUUGUGUUUGAGGAUUUGAACAUAGUCAUCUAAGAUGUAACAGCAAAGUUGAGUAAACUAUUAACUGUUAAACAAUUUUCAGCUUUUCUCUAGUUAUAUUGUAGGAUGUACUUAAGCAGUAAGCGUAUUUAGGUUAAAGCAGUUGAAUUAUGUUAAAUGUUGUUCCUAUACCACAUUACCUUGAACACUGUUUGCAUGCAUGUUGAAAGACAUGCUCUUUUGUAAAAAUAUAGCUGUGUCUACAAUUAAAAGUGAAACAUUUGGCAUGUUUGUUAAUUCUAGUUUCAUUUGAUAAGCUGUAAGACACGUGAGUUUAAAAUUUUUUUUAAGUUAAUUGGGAAACUGAGACGCAGUACCAAUAUUUAGGAUUUUGGUCUUGGUGUUUGUUUGAAAUUCUGAGGCCUCAAUUUAAAUCUUUCAUUGUAUUGUGAUUUCCUUUUAGGUGUAUUGCGCUAAGUGAAACUUGUCAAAUAAAUCUUCCUUUUCAAAAGUG